AUGCCUCCCAAUACGAUGCGCGCAGUAGUCUUCAAGGGUCCAUACAAGGUUCAGGUCGAAGAUCGACCCUACCCAAAGAUCAAAAAGCCCACCGACGCCGUGCUGAAAGUGACUUCUACUGCACUCUGCGGUUCGGACCUGCAUUUCUAUCGUGGUCAUCUGAAAUGCCCCACUGACUUCAUCUGCGGGCAUGAGUUUGUUGGGGAGGUUGUAGAGAAAGGAGACAAGGUUGAGGGCUUCGAUAUUGGCGACAAGGUCGUCGUUCCAUUCUAUUCUGCGUGCCAGGAAUGCUAUUACUGCGUGCGCGGCCAGGCGAGCCGAUGCGCCAAGGGUGAGCUAUUCGGCAACUCAGCGCCGGCCAACACGAUCGAUGGAGGGCAAGCCGAAUAUGUCCGGGUUCCUCUGGCGUCAACGACACUUGUUAGGACUCCCGACGGGAUUCCUGAGGAAUUGCUCGUCCUCAUGGCGGACAUCUUUCCAACCGGCUACUUUGCCGCUGCUCGGUUCCUGAAGGACCUGACACCCCGAGAUCGAGAGGGUUACACGACGGUUGUCAUUGGAUGCGGGCCGGUGGGCAUCUGCGCAAUUACCUCUGCACUCACCAUGGUCAAGACCGUGUACGCGAUUGACUCGGUGCCCGAGCGACUGACUGAAGCGGAAGCGAUCGGUGCCAUUCCGAUCAAUCUGAACGACAGCCCCGUGGAAAGGAUCAAGGCAGCAACCGAAGGUCGCGGAGCGGACGUAGUCAUGGAAAUCGUAGGUCACGCCGAUGCAUUCAUGCUUGCGUUUGAUCUCAUCAGACCCUGGGGUAAGAUCAGCUCUGUGGGUGUUCAUACGGAGCAACUCCCGCUCAACGGGCUGUUGUGUUACGGCAAGAAUGUGACCAUGGCAUUUGGCAGAUGCCCCGUGCGGAGCAUCUUCGAGGAGGCGCUGGACGUGCUGCAGAGAGAGCAGAAGAAGGUGGCAUUCUUGUGUGGGACGACCAUGUCCCUCGAAGAUGCGCCGCAGGCCUAUGAGGACUUUGAGGCAAGGAAGGUUCACAAGGUGGUUUUCAAGAUCGAUGCCCUUUCGUAA